AGGCCGGCCAAAAGGAGAGCGAGAGAAAAAGAAAUAAACCCAGGGAAAAAGAACAAAAAAAAAAACCCUCUCACGAGGGCGGCCUCGAUCGCACGCACUAGCCGGACGCGACGCGUUUGGCUGCUUCCUGCGGUUGCGGCGGCUGCGGUUGCUCUCCUCCUCCAACAACAAAUCCAGUGAGGCCCCCUCGCGCACCCACCCGAUUCCGGGCACCCAAUUCCGGGGCGGCGGAGGGCGAGAUGUUCGCGAGCAGGCCGGCGGUGCACCCGGUGGAGGCGCCGCCGCCGGCGGAUCCGGCGGAGCAGCCGCGAGGGGUGCUGAUGAAGGACCUGCCCGGGAUGCCCGGCACGCCGGGCGGCCUCGGCCUCCGCCUCGUGCAGUUCGUCUUCGCCGCCGUCGCGCUCGCCGUCAUGGCGUCCACCAACGACUUCCCUUCCGUCACAUCCUUCUGCUUUCUUGUUGCGGCAGCUAUUUUACAAUGCCUAUGGAGCUUUUCACUAGCAAUUGUGGACAUAUAUGCACUGCUUGUUAAGCGUUGCUUACGAAAUCGCCGUGCUGUUUGUCUAUUUGCUAUUGGAGAUGGGAUCACAGCAGCACUAACCUUCAGUGCCGCAUGUGCAUCAUCAGGCAUCACUGUGUUGAUUGACAAUGAUUUAGACCUAUGCUCAGAAAAUCACUGUGCAAGUUUUGAAAGUGCGACAGCGAUGGCGUUUCUUAGCUGGUUUGCCCUUUCACCGUCCUUUCUAUUGAAUUUCUGGUCGAUGGCUUCUGGAUGAGACGAAAGCAAAGAGGAAGUUUAGAGCCUGUUUUUUGAAUGUAAUGCGUGCCCAAUUUACCAGUUGUGGUUAAGUGAGAAUUGGAUAGAGUGACACAGCUAAUCAUAUUAGAAUUGAAAGCUGAUGUGCGGUCUUGGAAUCAUGUGUCUAGUAUAACUCUGUAAAAAGAAUAGGGAAUGGCUCGCUUUGCAAAUGUUUAAUGUGGAGCUCUCAAAAGUCUCUUAAGCAAGGUGCUUUCCGUACGAGGCUUCUAUGUUCCAGCUGGUUUAAUUUCA